AUGAGAGAUCGCCUCUACUUACUGAUGGCUCUCCCCAUGGGGUGUCUACUUCGCCCACCUCUGCUUGUGUUCCUCUCGUGUUGCAUCAUUUUCGUCUAUCAUUUUCUCCUUCUUUGCCAGGACUCUCCUUCUCACUUUUUUCGUGUCAGUGCAACCACGAUGACCGACGCAUACGAGCCCCCGACCAAGACGGCGUGCCGGCUAGAGGUGAUGGGAAAGGUGUCGUCGAUCCACUACGACUGUGUGACGUCGUCGUGCCUCGUCUCCACCAUUCUCAACGGGACGCACAUCUUCAACCUCGACGACACCUUCUACGGCGCUAACCUCGCCGCCGGGGUGUCGGCCAGCAGCGUAGAGAGCUACCCUUAUCACACAAUGGGCGAGGAGCCACUGAUGGCCUCGUGCUUCUUCAAUGCAGGUCAGCUCUUCGCCGUGGGAUCGUCUUCCGGCAGUGUAACCGUCGUGUCGCGCCGCUCGCGUGCACUGACGUCGUGCUACGCAACCCCUGACUCAUUGCCGAUUCGUGCUCUCUCUGAAAUUCCAACCGAAUCCAACUGUUUGCUCAUGUGCACCGAGCAAGGCGCCGCAAUCAUCGAUGUGGAGCGUUCACAGCCGCGCGUGAGUUUAGCGAAUCCCGCCCCUGGACGUGCCGUCGCUGCGGUACCGCUGCAACGCCAGACCUUUGUGGUGGCCAAUUACGACGGCAAGGUGCUGCUGUACGACACGCGGUAUCGAAGCUCCCCGAGCUCGGUACUCUCGCUACCAGAUCAGAUCACGUGCCUCGCGGCCUCACCUGACACGUCAGAGGUCUGUGUCGGCACCGUUGGGGGUCGUGUGUUCACACUGCGCUGCAUCGAAGGCGCGCAGCGGGAGCAGGCAUUUGGCAUGAGCAAGAAGCGCUCUCCAGUGCGUUGUGUCGCGAUGGACCGCGGCCGCAUCGCUGCAGGAGACCUGGCGGGUCGUCUUGCCCUGAUCGACACCGCCGACGUACCAGAUCCGACGGUGUACUGGUCUGCGGAAACACUGCUACGACUGCCGCGGCAGAUCUAUCGUGCAGGCGCGCUCGAUAGGCACAUCGACACUGCCAGCGCCGCGGCGGCAUUUACGGGCACCGAGGUAACCGCAGCGGCGUUGGCGCAAGGGACGGCUUGGAUGUCGUUCUGCUCGUCAAAGAAUGCUGUGUCGCAGGUGGUCGCCAUACCUGCUUGA